AUGAGACGACGAUCCCCGGGUGUGGGGUGCGUUGGCGCCGAGAUGUGUCUCUGCAAGUGGGUUUCUGGAAGGGGACGCAAGGAGGCCAGCAUGUGGGCUGUUGCUGUUGGUUGUGCAACUCUGCUCAUCGUCGCAAGGCGGCGGGACGGCAAUUGUGCGACGCAAGGAUGGCGGACUGUGGAUCAGGACUUCAGGAGGCACCUACAUCUCACUGGGCUUGAUGCCAGAGGCAACGUCGUGAGCGACCCGGCGGGCGCAGACUGGUUCGGGCGAGGUCAGGACGUGGGCGGCUGGCGAAUCGAGGCACCGUCGUGUCCGCGGCAGAAAGAUAGGAUACGGAUGCUAUUACUGGAGACGGCGUGCCAUGAUCGCCCAUGCGGAGGGGCCGCCGUCGAUUUAAAUACGACGCGGUGUUGGACGCAAGCUGGGCACUGCGGCCUCAUCCAUCGGAGGCGCCAGUCGAUUCGGGCAGGGAGCAGCAGAGGGCCGGCCGCCUUCGUGACGACGACGACGGAGCCAGGGGCAAGCCGGUUCCCCGUCGCUGGUGCCAUGCCAGUCCGUCCGCGCGCAAAGGCUCGCCGACGCGGUGGGUUUCCAUGGCUGCCACUGGCGUCCAGCGACGGCGUUCGCCCUUGUGGCUCCGAGUCCCAGCUGCCCAGCCCAGUCCAACCCAGCCCAGCUCGUGGUGGGUGA